AAGAAAACUUUGGCAAUAUCAAAUCCAACUAUAAAAGAACAUCCUUAACAUACCAUCAACACUUUGUUUUGUAACUUGGAAGAAAGAAACAAGAGUUGACUCCAUAUCCUUGUUCAACCUUCAAGCAAAGGAAAAUGGAAAUCGAAUCGGUUAGAUGCGAGUGUUGUGGACUGAAAGAAGAUUGCACCCAAGAUUACAUCAACGAUGUUAAGGCCAAAUUCGACGGGAAAUGGCUCUGCGGGUUAUGCUCGGAAGCUGUUAGAGAUGAAGUGAGUAGGAGCAAGAAGAAGCAAUUCGGUGUCGAAGAAGCCGUCGAAGCUCACAUGUCGUUUUGUGGCAAAUUCAGAUCGAAUCCCGCGGUUCGAGUAGCCGACGGUAUGAGGCAGUUGCUGAGAAGGUCAGGAGAUAAUUCACCUUCUUCUUCUAAGAAGUUAACAAGAUCAGCUACCACAAAACUGUACUAAUAUUGGUAGCUUUACCUUUUACAACUUGUCUUGUGCAGGUGAAUGUUAUUUCAAUGAAGGCUUCUUCCUCUGUUUUUCUUUUCUUUCCUUGCCUCAAAG